GCGGGGAGAAGGGAGCGGACGGGCGCCAGGCCGGCUGCGGUCCGUGCGGAGGCUGAGCCGGCCGCGGGCGCGACCGGAGGCAGGAACAGUGCUCCAGUGAACAUUGUUACACACUGUCUCCUACUCCACGUGUGCAGGAGCAUUUUCACAGUGUAUGCCUAGGAGUGGAAUUGCUUGGUCAUUGAGUGUGUGUUUUCUGUUACUAUGGCAAUGACGGCAGGGACUACAACAACCUUUCCUAUGAGCAACCAUACCCGAGAAAGAGUGACUGUAGCCAAGCUCACGUUGGAGAAUUUUUAUAGCAACCUAAUUUUACAGCAUGAAGAGAGAGAAACCAGGCAAAAGAAAUUAGAAGUGGCCAUGGAAGAAGAAGGAUUAGCAGAUGAAGAGAAAAAGUUACGCCGAUCACAACAUGCUCGCAAAGAAACAGAGUUCUUACGGCUCAAGAGGACCAGACUUGGCUUGGAUGAUUUUGAGUCUCUGAAAGUUAUAGGAAGAGGAGCUUUCGGAGAGGUGCGGCUGGUCCAGAAGAAAGAUACAGGCCAUAUCUAUGCAAUGAAGAUAUUGAGAAAGGCUGAUAUGCUUGAAAAAGAGCAGGUGGCCCAUAUCCGAGCAGAAAGAGAUAUUUUGGUAGAAGCAGAUGGUGCCUGGGUAGUGAAGAUGUUUUACAGUUUUCAAGAUAAGAGGAACCUUUAUCUAAUCAUGGAAUUUCUUCCUGGAGGUGACAUGAUGACAUUGCUAAUGAAGAAAGACACCUUGACAGAAGAGGAGACACAGUUUUACAUUUCAGAGACUGUUCUGGCAAUAGAUGCAAUCCACCAGUUGGGUUUCAUCCAUCGGGAUAUUAAACCAGACAACCUUUUAUUAGAUGCCAAGGGUCAUGUAAAAUUAUCUGAUUUUGGUUUAUGCACGGGAUUAAAGAAAGCUCACAGGACUGAAUUCUACAGAAAUCUCACACACAACCCACCAAGUGACUUCUCAUUUCAGAACAUGAACUCAAAGAGGAAAGCAGAAACUUGGAAGAAGAACAGGAGACAACUGGAGUCACCAUGCCUUAUGUCAGUGUUUUCCAAGGGAGAAGUGGAGGGGACUCUACUGGUAUUUGGGGCAUACUCCACAGUUGGGACGCCAGAUUACAUUGCUCCUGAAGUAUUUAUGCAGACUGGUUACAACAAACUGUGUGACUGGUGGUCUUUGGGAGUGAUUAUGUAUGAAAUGCUAAUAGGAUAUCCACCUUUCUGCUCUGAAACACCUCAAGAAACAUACAGAAAAGUGAUGAAUUGGAAAGAAACUUUGGUGUUUCCUCCGGAGGUACCUAUAUCAGAGAAAGCCAAGGACUUAAUUCUCAGAUUUUGUAUUGAUUCUGAAAAUAGAAUUGGAAAUAGUGGAGUAGAAGAAAUAAAAGGUCAUCCCUUUUUUGAAGGUGUAGACUGGGGGCACAUAAGGGAAAGGCCAGCAGCAAUCCCUAUAGAAAUCAAGAGCAUUGAUGAUACUUCAAAUUUUGAUGACUUCCCUGAAUCUGAUAUUUUACAACCAGUGCCAAAUACCACAGAACCGGACUACAAAUCCAAAGACUGGGUUUUUCUCAAUUAUACCUAUAAAAGAUUUGAAGGGUUGACUCAACGUGGCUCUAUCCCCACCUACAUGAAAGCUGGGAAAUUAUGAAUGAAGAUCACAUUCACCCACAACCAAGAGAACUCAGGUAGCUGCAUCACCAGGCUUGCUUGGCGUAGAUAACAAUACACUGAAAUACUCCUGAAGACGGUGGUGCUUAUCGACUACAAGAGGAAAUUCUACAGGAUUAGGAUUUCUAAGACUACUACAGGAAUUGGUUGGCAGUGCCAGCUGGCUUUUUUUUUUUUUUUAAUAUUUUAUUAUUUUUGUUAACUUUAUUAUACAAAGGUACUGGAAUAAAAGGAACGUACAUCCCUUUCUAACUGCACUGCCUACAUGCGUAUUAAGGUCCAUUCUGCCUGUGUGUGCCAUGGCUUUGAACUGUAACACCUCUAAUCAAUUCAGGAGAAACACAUAUCAUAUAAAGCAACAUAGGCUAACCUGUAGGUAACACUGCAGUAUUGCUCUUUUACUGCAAAUCUUAUGGGUCUACAUAAUCAGUAAAAGCCAUCUUCCAUAGUUGGUGUUAGAACAUUUGCCCUAUUGGUUGGACAUCUGUAGAAUAUAUAUGAUGACAAUUUCUGUAAUGCUUUUAAGAAAUUUAAAAAGAAAUACACUGGUUCUUUAAAAAUAGAAUUUAUCAUCAAGUUAUUACACAAACUCCACAGUAGGGAGUGAUAAGGUUUUAAGGAAGAGAAAGUUGAGCACCUUCACUCAAGCACUCCACUAAUACAUUUACUUUGCAUUCAGAAAUACUGAUGACCUUUAUAUACGUAGUCUGUAUACGCAUAGGGAGAUGUACUGUAUUAUAUAAAAUGUAAAGUUGCUUUUCUUGUGACGAGAUGAAUUCUUUUUUAACAAGAGGACAUGGCAUUAUUUUAAUUUGAUUAUGAUGAGUUGAAUUUAAGAAAUGACCAUGAAGGCUGCUUGUAGAACUAGUGUAUUUUUAUUAAAGUAUUUUUUUAAAUGUCAAACUUCUGAUCACGUAAAUGGACUUGUAGAGAACAAAAUGCUAUUUACUUUGGUUUUCUAGAAAGUUGUUACAUAUCAUGGCUGUUAACUUUUAUUUCCUUUGAUGAAAAUUUUUCCUUUAAUAGUACUUGUAUUAUUGUGCCAUUAUUUUCUUAUGCUCCAAAUGUACCAAAGAUCCUGAACAGAGUGGAUGUUCACAACUGGGUAGAAUUUUACUCUCCUGUGGGAAUGCUAUAUUCAGACAUGAUAGAUCUUUGAUGGAAGUUGGCUUAUUCAAGGGCAAUAUUGUUCAUGUUUAGGUACAUCACUGUGGUUAAUCUAGAUGGAAUGAAGGAAGUACAUGCAGGCCAGGGGGGUUGUGAUGAGAGGAAAUGGGAGAUAAUGUCAGCAUCAAAUUCUUUGGGUAUUUCCCUAAGAGUUAAGUAAUCUUUUCUAGAUCAGCAUUUUAAUUCUAAUUUAAACAACUCUCUGAGGUUUUGGUUUCUUAAGUCUAGUUGAGGAAUAAUACUUUAGCAAAGAAUGGCCUAAUGUUUGUCUUAACUGUUAAUUGAUAGAAUUUUUUAAAGAUACAAUAAUUAUAACCAUUACAAAUGAUCUGUGAUCAAAAUCUAAAGUGAUGAUUGAUUUGUAGGAAUGUCUUCCUAAUGGGGAAGAAUUGCAUAGGAUCAUUAUGCAAAUCUACAAAAAGCUUUUAUAAAUGUUGCUGCUAGGUAGCUCCACAAUGUUUUAAUGAGGCCAUCCUGUCCCUCCCCCACCCAACUCCCCACACACAUACACUUUAUUUUGGUUUAUUUCUUUUUGGGUAUUUAUUGAGUACUUACUUUGUGUUCAUCUAGUAGUUCAUCUCCAUUUUUCCAGUCUGGAUCAUGUGACUGAGUAUUUGGGAGAGAGCUAUUAAAACUCAGAGAUUAUCUCAAAUUUGACUAACUCUAAUUGUUCUAAUUAUAACUGCCUUUAAUUUUUUUAAAAAAAUCUUUAACUUCUGCUGGAGUUUAUGAGAUUUCCCCCACACACACCACCCCCUUUUUUGAAAAAGAGAUUGUUUUUCUAGUGUGAUAAUGAAUAGGUAAGCUAUGAGGAAAUUACAACAUUCUGUAGUUCUAGUGUGGUAACUCUUCUAGUGCAGAACAAUAUUAAUUCAAGAUGACAGAGGGAGAGAUUGAUAAUAAAGGAACUGAAUUAUCUAAGUUUACUUUUUAAUUGCGUAUGACUAGAGCAUUUUAGUUUUGAUUUCCCUCAUUCUUAAUUAUCGUAAACUUGGAAAUAGUUAUAAUUUCUUGGCAAUGGAAGGGCAGUUCUGGAAAGCUUACUUUGUUUGGAGUCUCAUUCUUCCCUGGAGUUAAUAGAGUGAUUCACAAUCUUUGGGGUUUUCUCCUCAUCAAAAGUAUAUCUUAAGUGCCUAUCUAAAAGCAAUUAAAGACUGUGUUUGCCCUUUGGAAGCUAAGAAUUUGAUUCAUGAUGCAAAUUAACUAGAUAAUUUGCAAGCACCCUUGAGAUUGAAUUUUCUCUAUUAUACACAUCCUGUAUUUCAGGUGAAUCUUUAAUUUAAAUGACAAAACCCUAUCUAAUCAACUGGGCAUAAUGACAUUUUCUUUAAAUUAGACUCUAUUUUGAAUUAAAAGAGUUUUAUUAUAAACUGUGUGUUUUUGGUUUUUCUAAGUAUAUAGAAAGCUUGUAUAAUUCAGAUUUAUCAAUUUCCUGAUUUAAUGUAGACUUUGACUUUUUUUAUUAAAAACCUUUAUAUUAAAGCAAGUUAUGUUAUUUUUCUUUUAUGCAUUUAUUAACAUAACUUUAAAUCUUUAAAUGUAUUGAAGCAUUGUGCUAUAUGAAAAUAAGGAAUUGCUUAUAAAUCAGCCACUUCUGAAUGGAAUAUAUAGCUGAUUUAAUAAGCUAGUGAGUUGAUUGGAAAAUACGAAAUGAGGAAUACUAAAAAUAUUCUUUGGUUGUUAAGGCUUGAGAUAGGGUUUCAUUUACAUCUAUUAAUAGCAUACGUUUUCUGUUUUUUAAACACCUGCAUAUCUUUGUGUAAAUCUUUACAUUUUAAAAUAUUUUAAGUAACAUUUAUUUUUGAUGUUUAUUGUAGAAAACCUUUAGACAAUCAGUCAUUCGCUACUGAUAGGAGAAACAGCUAUCUUUUGAUGAUUUAUAAAUAAAUGAAUUGAGAUUUUAAUCAGUAGAGGUCCCUGGCUACUUAAACACAUCUUCUUUUUGAAUUGUUAAAAUUCAGGACAUUGAAAAUUACUGUUUUACUACAACCAUGAUGAUUUCCCCCUUAAAUUUUAUUUUCUCUUUAGAAGUGCACUUAUUUCUGAAAAAUCUUAAUGAAACAAACACUUAGAACAAAUAUAAAUACAAGACACUUGGGACUACUAGAGAUAUUUUAGAUUUUUAUGAAAAAAAAUGUGAGGGUAUACUGCUGCUUUACAAGGGGAUAAAGUAAUAAAAAUAUAUCUUCGCUAUUUUUUUAAAAGCAAUAUAAUCCAGCAAUUGUCUAGAAAAAUAAUCAACAGGCUAUUGAGUUCGGUGUUCAGUUACUGAGUUUCAUAAAAUGUUUUGGUGGCAUGAGGGCUUUUUCAUUGAAGGUAAGAUAAGAAUAAAAACUAUGUUUACAAAA